AAACGUCGAUGAUCAUAGCCACGCUGACAUAGAACAAAUUUGACAUGAAAUUUGACUUUGACAGAUGUGACGGAUAAAGAGAAUCUCUCGUGACAAAAAUGAAAAUUAUAGCAAAAAUUAAAAAUUUUCAAAUAAAAUGUGAAAAUGUAAUCAGUGACAACAGAUUCUAAAUGUAAUCUACAGUAGAGUGAAUGGCCCCAUGUGUUCGCAACUAUUAAUAAAAUUCUGAUUCAUGUUUGUCUGUGAAUCAUACUUUUUUGCAAUUUUCAUUAUAAAAGAGGUUGAAGAAGUCAUGUCACUAAAACAAGGUCAAGAAACUCAUCAUUCUUAUAUGGAUGGAAUUAGAGUAAAGAUUUCAGAAAAUUAUAAGCCGCCCCCACGUAUUAAUCCCGUUACCGCGUAUACUCAAAGAAUUUUAAACAAGAAACAUAUUCAAGAUAAUUUAUCAACAUAUGAUUUUACUUUAGAAACAAAUAUAAAGGAAAAAGUAAAGGAACUUAAGAUUGCAAGGCAGCAAAUAAGAAAGGAAAAGAAAAUAAGAUAUGAAAAUGCUAAGGAAGAAAGACAAAGACGAUUAGAACAGACUGAGCAAGAAAAGAAGAGGCUAGAAUCAGAAGAAAAAGAAAUAUUUAUUGGUGCUAAUAAUUCUAGUGUAAGUAGUAAAUUCCAUGAGAAUGUAUCUAAAAUUUUACCAUACAAUACAUCAAAUUCUGUUAAUACAUUUAAUGAUAUUUCUCAUAAUAAUUUUCCAACAAUAACAACAAGGCCAACUUAUUCACAUAUUUUAACACCUAUACCAUUAAAAGAACCCAUUUGCUCUACAGUAACUAGCAAAUUAAAUGAUAAAAGUCCUUUGAAUAUUUCUGAUUUUGAAGCAGACAAUUCUAGUCCAUUUGAUAAUGUUGAAUUAAAAACAAUAAAUGACCUCGAAGAAUUAGCACAGGUACUGAAGAAUGAUGAGUCUAUUAAUAGACUAAAUGUGAAUCCAUAUAUUCAAAUGCCUCAAUAUGGACAUUAUACACCAGUUAAUACAGUUUCAUCGAUACCGGAACCUUCCACAAGCUAUUCUAUGCCUAAUUAUAACAUAAGCAGUCAUCCUAGUUUUGUAACAUCUGAAUCAUCUCAAAUGGCUUAUCAACAGAAACUCCCAUAUAGUACUGCCAAUGGUUUUUAUUAUCAACCUUUAACUUUGGAAUAUGAUUACAAUAAAGUAAGUUCUUAUGAAAUACCCCAAGCGACUUCAUAUACAUAUUCUAAGACUGGUACGAGUAUUACUGACAGUAAACAGAGCAAUACCAGUGUCAGUGCAAGUUACAAAAGUGUACCAGAUAUAAUGAAGGCUCUACAAGAUGAACUUAGUAAUGUACGUAUGAGCAACACAAAUAUUAAUAGAAUCAGUUGUCCUGAGUCAGUUACACGGAAUGUACAGACUACUGAAUUAAGCAGAAAACAAAAGAAUACAGAAGAAGAAGAAGAAAAAGAUGAAGUUUUCUUGUCUUUACCAGCAAAUUUAAAAGCUUUUUCACAUAACAUCAGUUCAAUGGGAUUUCCACUAUCCAGGGUCGCAAAGGUGGUUGUUGCUGUUGGAGAAGACCAGAAAAAGGUAAUUGAACAUUUAUUAGCAAUGUCGGAAUUGUUAGAUCUGGGUUUUCCAGAAAGUGAAGUGUCAAAAGCCCUGUUAAAAAGUGAUAAUGAUAGAGACAAAGCACUGGAUAUUUUAAUUUCGUAGCACACCUGCAUUGUCCCUUCUCGUUAUUCCUUUAUUGUAUGAAGUAAGAGUAUUUAUUGCAUUUACUAGUAUUAUUGGAAUACAAGAAAUAUAUAUUCUUGAUCAACAAAAAGUAACAUUUAAUUUGUUGAUUCUUUUACAUUCCAAUUACCACCAGGUGUGCUUGGUUGUAGCUCAAUUUCAUGUUAUUUACGUAAUAAAAUUAAAACAUUUGCUGUGUCAGAUGUGCAAAAUAAAAAUAAAACUUGUAUUUUUAUUUGCUA